GAAAAUGUUUGAAAAAUAAUGGAAUUUCCCGAUAAUAUUUGUAAUCCAAUCAUUUAUUCUGCUGCCGCUGUUUCUACAUUAUAUUCUGGUUAUCUUUUUGUGCGGCCAUGGAUUAGAAUAAAUGUUGAAUGUUGGUUCUGUAUGGCCAAACAUCGUGUACGAUAUCCUCAACGUAAUUCAUGGCAUUGUCCUGAUUGUCAACAAUAUAAUGGAUUCAAUGUGGAUGGUUCAUAUAAUCGUUAUAUGAGCGAACAUUAUCAUUUAAAUUCAAAUCGUUUUUGUCGAAAUUCAGCUCGAAAUAAUCGUAAUAUACGAUAUGAACAUUAUCGUCUAUGCAAUGAUUGUAAUGAACUUGAAGCGAUAAAAAUUCGAAUGAUUUCCGAAUUUGUCCCUGUGGAUGAUGGUCGAUUCAAUGAAGAAUUGUUUCAAUAUCGACGAAAUCUCGAUCAAAUGUAUCCAAUUUGUGAAGAAUGCCAACAAUUGAUUCGAAAAUUAGUCAAUGAUGAUGAUUCACUACCUAAUCGAAUUCCAUUAUCGAAGCCACCCUCAUCAUCAUCAUUAUUAUUGCCUAAGAAUCAAUUAUUUGGAAAUCGUUUGAAAAUUUUCGCAUAUUUUUUGCUCAAUUUGGCAACAAUUUUUGUGCUAUCCAUUUUAUUUUGUCUAAAUCUUCAAGAAGAACCUUUCUCCGGUAUUGAUGAAUCAUUGCCGAAUCUACUAAGUCAAAAAAAUAAUCUUGGAAUCAAUUAUUUGGAUCAUUAUCUCUAUCUUGUUUGUGUGGGAUUUCUACUCUAUUUUCCAUUAUUACAAAUUGAACCACAACAUCAAUCAUCAUCUUCGAAUCAUCAUACUAUUGUUGUUGUUACUUUUGAUAUUUGUCAACUUUUUCUUUGUCUUUGUUUACAAAUAACAACAACAUUUACAUUGAUAUUAACAUUGACAAUUUUAAUGUUGAUGAUUGUUUUAUUAUCAUUACCAUCAACUGGUACAAUCCAAAUUGAUUAUCAACAUGAUCAUUUUAAUGUGAAAUUUUUCUAUCCAAAUUAUACAACUAUUAUGUAA